UAUCGGUUUCUCGUUUAGAUUCUAAUAACAUGGAGUUGUUUUGCAGUAAAUAAGCACAGGCUUAGCGAUGAUAAUUACGAUAAUGAUUAUAAUUUAACAAAUGUUAGCAAUCGACAAUAACAAAAAUCAUGCACUCGUAACUCCGUUGUUGCUAUAGGGGGCCGAUGCCUACCAUCAGGUAAUAGUAUGACCGUAUGCUGUCCUGUCACAAAAAAAAAAUAAGUUUCUGUCUAAAACCGGCGCCGAUAAACAGAUGUUUAAAUUCCUAAUUCAGGUAAGUAGAAAUUGCUAUAUCAUCGACUAACGUUAGUAAAAUAUUAUAAUCUAGAAAUAAAUGCUGUUGUAAGACACUAUCACAAAAUAAUUAAUGAUAAAAACGCUGGGUUAAAUAAUUCACUUUUAUGGUUAUUAUACUGCUUUGCGUCGUAACACUCGUUGAAAUCGGACGGGUACUUAUAAAAGAUAAUCUACAUAAUUCGCUUUGUUUAUUUUUUUGUUUUUUAACUCCAGUUUAAAGGGAAAAUGCCUGGUUAACAAAUAGGUAUAUAUCAGUGUGAUUUUAUUCUUUUAAUUGCUUGUAAGUUUUAUGGGUACAAAAUGGAAAACAACAUAAAUACAGUUAGCAAGAAUGUGGAAAAAGAAGACAACUAUGCAGCUGAUCUGGAUCAAGCCUUGGCAGUAGCAGGUCUAGGAUGGUACAACAUUAAAUAUUCCUUAGUAUUGGCCCUGUUCCUGAUAGGCGCUAUCAUAGAACCAGUCGGCUACUCCUUCGUGCUGCCAGCAGCGAUGUGUGAUCUGGAUAUGACUGACAGCCAAAGAGGAUUUAUUGCAUCUAUACCUUAUAUAGGUGUCGUGGCUACAUCAUUUCCAUGGGGCUACCUAGUGGACACUCGGGGCCGUAAGAAUAUGGUCAUAAUCGCAUCUUUCCUUGCUGGAGUAUUUGGCAUAGUGGCUGCGUUUAUGCCAGAUCUCAUUACCUUUGCAAUUGUAAAGUUUAUGUCGGCGCUAUGCAUAGCCUGUCCGGCGGCAGUGCCAUACACGUUCAUCGGUGAGAUCCUCCCCGCCAAGAACAGGGACGUCAUCUUAUCUGUCACCAAUGCUCUACAGGUUAGCGGAACGCUCAUAGUACCAUUACUAGCUUGGGGUAUACUGCCUCUGGAUUUCCGUAUAGACUUCGGCCUGUACUUGUUCAGACCGUGGAGACUUCUGACCAUAUUGUACGCAUGCAUCUUCAUCAUAGCCGCUGUUCUUAUGGUGUUUGGUCUUGAGAGCCCAAAAUUCUUAGUUUCACAAGGCAAGAUGGAUGAAGCACUCAAAGUUCUACAAGAUAUCUACGUUGGCAACAAAAAGGACGCUGGUGAAUUUCCAAUCAAGCGGUUGAUGGCACCUCCACAUGACACUGAGAAGAAAACUUUCUUCAAAUCAUUACGAGUCCAAAGCGUACCUCUGUUUAAGCCACCAUAUCUAAAAUGGUUCGCUUUGAAUAGUUUCCUUAUGUUUGGCGUAUUCUCAGUAUUGAAUGGUCUAUACAUGUGGGUACCAGACGUCCUCAAUAGAGUUAUGACCGGCGGCGGGGAAGACAAAACGGCUUGUGACGUCAUCUUUGAUCGCCUCAAUCAGACUUCACAAAGCGAUGAAUGCGUAGACACAAUAGAAACAAUAACGUUUGUGAUAAAUGCAGUAGCAAAUGCCAGUUGUACUGUUAUCUGCCUGGCUGUUGGGAGCUGCGUCAAGUUCAUCGGCAAGAAGAGACUUCUCAUCAUAGCAUUCUUACUAAUAGGAACAUUUUGUAUACUCAUCAACUUUAUAACUCAAGAUAUGGUCUUCGCUGUUCUACUCUCUUCACUACAAAUCUUAGCUCUGGCUAUAGGACCAAUCAACGCUUAUUCUGGAGAAUUCUUCCCAACACAUCUAAGGGGCAUGGCAGUGGGAUUGACGAUGAUGUGUGGACGAACUGGCUCUAUAGUCGGCAUCAACGUUGCUGGUGUCCUUCUGAACGCAGCCUGUGAAGUUACUUUCUACCUAUUUGGAGGUUUACUUUUGGGUCUAGGAUGGUACAAUAUCAAAUACUGCUUAAUAUUGGCCCUGUUCCUAAUAUCAGCUAUAGUGGAACCAGUCGGCUACUCCUUUGUGCUACCAGCAGCGAUGUGUGAUCUGGACAUGACUGAUGCACAGAGAGGAUUUAUUGCAUCAAUACCGUACAUAGGCAUAGUGGCCACAUCGUUUCCCUGGGGUUUUCUGGUCGACACCCGAGGUCGGAAGAAGAUGGUCAUACUCGCCUCCUUAACAGCUGGAGUCUUCGGCAUAUUGGCUGGUUUCAUGCCAGAUCUAAUUACCUUUGCAAUCUGCAAAUUCCUCACUGCACUUUGCAUAGCCUGUCCGGCGGCAGUGCCCUACACGUUCAUCGGUGAGAUCCUCCCCGCCAAGAACAGGGACGUCAUCCUCUCCAUCACCAACUCUCUUCAGAUAAGCGGAUCAGCUUUAGUACCAUUAUUAGCCUGGGCAAUAUUGCCACUCGACUUCCGGAUAGACUUCGGCUUAUACCUCUUCAGACCAUGGAGGCUUCUAACUAUGAUAUAUGCAGGCUUUUACAUAUUGGCGGCUGUUCUACUACUCUUUGGUCCAGAAAGUCCAAAAUACUUAGUAUCUCAAGGCAAAAUGGAUGAAGCACUUAAAAUUCUGCAAGUGAUGUAUGCAAGGAAUAAGAAAAAAGCGCCUGAGGAUUAUCCGAUUAAGCGACUGAUCGCUCCCCCUCGUGACACGGAAAAGAAGAGUUUUCUAAAAUCGUUAAAAGUUCAAAGCGUUCCAUUAGUCAAACCGCCAUAUUUGAAAUGGUUUGCGCUAAAUGGGUUCCUUAUGUUCGGAAUCUUCUCAGUAUUAAAUGGUCUAUACAUGUGGGUACCAGAUGUACUAAACAGGGUACUCACUGGUGACGGCGAAGGCAAAACAGCUUGUGACGUCAUUUUCGAUAGGCUGAAUCAGACGGUAGACGCGGACGCCGAAUGCGUGGAUACUAUAGAAAAUAUUACUUUUGUAAUCAAUUCAGUUGCUAACAUAAGAACAUUCUGUGUUCUCAUCAACUUCAUAACUCAAGAUAUGCUUUUUGCUGUACUUCUAUCAUCUUUCCCCAUCAUGGGUCUGGCUUUGGGGCCAGUUAAUGCCUACGCCGUAGAGAUCUUCCCCACGAAUUUGAGUACUUUGACGAAUAAGACGCAAUGGACACACCCAAGGACGGGACGAAAGAAAGAAAUACCGAAAGAGCUUCCUUAUGGCUGGACAAAAACAUUUGAUGAUGAGAAUAAAGCAGUCUAUGUACAAAAGGAUACUGGCACUAAAACUUAUGUGGACCCCAGGUUAGCUUUUGCUACGGAUGCAAAAGAACAUGUUCAUGAUUUUCGUCAAAGAUUUGACGCUUCUUCCACAGCCUAUCAGAUACUUCAUGGAGUAGACUUAUCAGGAAAAACCGCACUUAUAACAGGUUCUAACGCUGGUAUUGGGUUUGAAACUGCCAAAUCAUUAGCAAGACAUGGAUGCAGUGUCAUAUUUGCUAACAGAAAUAUGGAAUCAACAAAAGAAGCCAUUCAAAAAAUCCUCCAAGAAACGAAAGCAUCAGAAGACGACUUGAAAGCUGUACAUUUAGAUUUAUGUUCCUUUGAAAGUGUAAGGAAAUGUGCAACUGCAGUAAAAUCUAUGUUUUCCGAUCGCCUUGACAUGUUAAUUCUGAAUGCCGGCAUUUUCGGAGUGCCAUACACUGAAACGGAAGACAAUAUUGAGAUGACAUGCCAAGUCAACCAUCUUAGUCAUCUAUACUUGACUAUAUUAUUAGAACCUCUAUUAAAAAAAGGCUCUAGGGUCAUUUUUGUAUCAUCAGAAUCACACAGGUUUGCUAGCCUAAAGAAUGUCUUCAAUCUGCAGAAUCUUGCAUUUCCUAAAGAAUCCUACAGCUCCAUGAUGGCCUAUAACAACUCUAAAUUGUACAAUGUCAUAAGUGCAAAGGUAUUAAGUGAAGAAUGGAAAAACAGAGAUAUCUAUGUGAACUCCUUGCACCCAGGUAACAUGGUGUUCACGAACCUGAGCAAGUCAUGGUGGCUGUUCAGAUUAGCAUUUGCACUCGUCAGGCCUUUUACUAAAUCUUUGCAACAAGCAGCCGCAACCACCGUAUAUGCAGCGACAGCCCCUGAGUUACGAGGUGUUACCGGCCUUUACUUCAACAACUGCUUCUACUGUGAAGAGUCAGCAAUGGCGCGUGACAAAAACAUUGCUCACGAAAUAUUCGCCUUGUCACUAAAAAUGAUAGCAGCACGUGUUGGCACUGAUGAUUUGAAGAAAUACAUGAACAAAUUCAAUACAACACAAUCUCUUAGUAAAGAGCAAAACAGCAAUGUUGACGAAAAACAAUCAGAUAAAAAGGAAUAA